AUGAGUGAAUUGAAUAAUGAACAACAAUAUAUAAAUCAGGAGCAAAAUACAACAAAUGAUCCAGCAUUAUCUCCAACGUCUACCUCAAAAGAUGGUAAAAUUAAUGAUGAAGAUUUAGCAAAAGUCAGAGAAGAUAUAAAUAAUAUAAAUACUGACACAAAUUUCAAAAUUCCUGAACAUUUCCCUACUCCAAGACCAACCACACCAGAUAAAAUUUAUACUAUAUCUCAAGAUACUGAUGUAAUUGAUGUUCCAGAAAUUGAUAAAAUUAAUGAAUCCUUAGAAAAUACUAUCAAAGAAAAUCAAAAUGAUGAAAAAGAGCAAGAAAAGCAUAACAAAGAAUACGGAGAUUCAUCACAACCUGACAAUAAGCUUCUGGGGGAAACGAAUGACAUUCAGGUGAGACCUGACGACGUUGAAAACGAGCAAAAUGCUGAACCUCAAGUAGGUAAUGAAUUGAGUACAGAAUCGAAAGCCGGAAACACGGGUGAUGAAAAUAAAGAAGGGGAUGCAAAUUUGGAAUACGAUGAAGAUGAAGAAGUUGAGGAGGAUCCAAAGCAAAAGAGUAAUGAUGAUUCUAGUGCUCAAGAUGUUACUGAUGAUCAAGAAAUACAAAAUAGCAAAGAACAUGAUCGUACUGGUGAAUCAGAUAAUACAAUUGAUGAUAGCCAUCAUAAUAAUCGAUUAGUUGGUGUUGCUCAAGGAAGUACUAUUCCUCAAGCUAAUAGAACUUCUCAAAUGAAUCAAAUUUAUGAUGAUCAACAAAAAGAUAAAAAGGAACAGGAAGGUUCCACUAAUGGCUCAAAUCAAGGUAACUCCAAGAAUGAUGAUAAAGAUAAAGAUAAAGAUGAAUUAAAUGCAAUAACUAAAGAUGCAAUAACUAAAUUUAACGUAGCUAGUGAACAAGUAGCAAGAGGAGAUGAUGAUGUCAAUUAUUCUAGCGAAGGAGCAUUAAAUACCAAAGAUGUGAGUCAAGAAUAUUAUGAAAAUUUUUUGGAAAAACAAGAAGAAAUUGAAAAUGGAGCAAUAAAUGAUGAAGAUGAAGAUAUUGAUGAACAUGAUGGAAAUGGUGAUAAAGAUGCUGCUCCGAUGAAGUCAGUAGGUGCAUUAAUUGAUGGAGAAGAACCUGAAACUCCACCUCAUAAACGUGGUUCGAAAGGUGAAGAACAACACGGAGAAGAUAAAAAUGAAAACGAAAAGGCAAACAGUAGUCUAGGUAGCAAAGAUGACAAUUCUCAAAAUAGCCAAAAUAAAAAUAAGGACGGUGAUGAAUCUAAUGAUGACAAGGAAGAAAAGUUAGAUGUGGAUAUAACAAAACUAAAUGGGUCAGAUGAAAGAAUUGAAAUUGAUGUAAAACAAACUAACCCAGAAGAAAAUAAAGAAAAUGACAUAUCGAACUCUGAUGCCAAUACAGACGCCAUUGGUCGCGAUGAUGAAAAUGAUAAAGAAACAACAAAUAAUAAUUCUUCAACUAAUGACUCACCCAAUCGAGAUACCUCAUUAAUCAACAAACUUCCAAUUUAUGUAACAUAUACGGAUUCAAAAUAUCUAUUAUUUCCCUUGAACUCCCCCUCAACAAAAGAACAUAAAGCAUUAAUAUCAAAAUCCGAUAAAAUUGAUGAAUCACUGUCAUUAGACGAUUUGUUUGCAGUAUUAAGAUUAAAAUUAAAAUUCGAAAUAAAAGAAGAAAUCAAAUUAUCAAUACCUCAAUUCAACAAUAUUGUGAUAACUGAAGAUAACGUAUAUUGUAAAGAUUUGUCAAUUUCAGAUUUUUUUGAUGUUUACGAUAAAUUAUGUGAUUGUACUGAUUCAAAUUUUAAGGAUAAAAUACCUGAAUAUUUAGAAUUUAAAUUGAGUACUCAGCCGAGAUUUAUUACAAAUUACAAUGAUUUAGUUGAACAAUCUCAUGGGUUUGAUCAUUUAGAACCACCUACAAAGAAAAGAAAGGUAUAA